GAUGCUGGAAGUCGGCCUGUGGAGGAUGCGGGGGAGCUGGUGCAGGCUACCUGGAUGACAGCCUGAACUUUUCCCAGGGAUUCCUGCCAGCCCAUUAGGUCGCGUUGCGCAUUUUCCUCUGAGACCUCUUGUGCUUGCCGCUGAAAUAAAAGCGGUUUUUCCCCCAGUUUCCUUUUAGGACAUUAUGACUUUUCUCCUUUGCAAGACAGUUCAAGAAACUGGCAGAAAAACAAACUCUUCCCACUCUCAGGGACUGUUGUCUUCAGGAGUUUGGGGUCAAGUUCAGCGAAUGAGGAGGCUCUGUUUGCAUUCUUUCCUCUCCAGUAUCCUCAGAGGAGCUUCGUUUCUAGCAUCUUUCUAGCAUUCAGGGCCAUGAUCCCGAAGGCUUGAGCUGUUUACAAGGAGAGAGAAGCUGUCUCCUGAGCCCCAAAAUGGCGGCUAAGAUGGAGAUAACUUUGAGCUCGCAGUCCCACAUUCAGGCUUCCUCCAAGCAAGAGAGACAUAUAAUAGCAAAACUAGAAGAAAAACGGGAGCCCGCUCUGCAAAAAGACUGGCCCGAUCCUGAGCUCUCCCGCCAGAGUUUUAGACGGUUUUCUUAUCAAGAGGUGUCUGGACCCCAAGAGGCGCUCUCCCGUCUCCGGCAGCUCUGCCGUCAGUGGCUGCAGCCUGAGGUGCACACCAAGGAGCAGAUUUUGGAGCUGCUGGUGCUGGAGCAGUUUCUGAACAUCCUGCCUCCGGAGAUCCAGGCUCGGGCCAGGCAUCAAUGUCCAAUGAGCAGCAAGGAGAUUGUGACCCUGGUGGAAGAUUUUUACAGAGCAGCCAAGGGACCAAAGCAGUGGGUGGCUGUUUGUAUGGAGGGCCAGAAGGUGCUCUUGGAGAAAACUGGAUCCCAGCUUGGAGAACAGGAACUGCCAGACUUUCAACUGCAAACUCCUAGCACAUAUCCCAGGGAGAGCUCUCUGGAGGAGACGUCCCAGGCAGGAUCUCAGGAUCAGCGGAGCCCCCGUCAUUGGGAAAAAUCCCUGCUCCUCCAGGACCCAACCCCCAAAUUGGCUGAGACAGAGGCCUCCAGAAUGAAAAGUGACAACAAGGAAAAUCCACAGCAGGAGGGGGCUAAAGGAGCAAAGCCAGGCACGUUGUCAGUGGGCAGGCCCAAAGGGAAUGGUCUGCAGAGCCCUGAACCCAGAGGGGCGACUGUGAGUGAGCCCCGGUUGUCACGGAGGCAGGUCAGCCCCCCGCAUGCUCAAAAGCCAUUUGCUCACUACCAGAGACAUUGCAGGGAACUGGAAUACAUCAGCGGCACCCUGAAGAGCCACCCACUGAGAGAGCUGAAGAAAAGCAAGGGAAGCAAAAGAAACCUGAGCAGCCGUUUGCAACGUCUUGGUCACCAGCCGACCCGCUCGGCGAAGAAACCAUACAAAUGUGAUGACUGUGGGAAAAGCUUCACGUGGAAUUCAGAGCUGAAAAGACACAAGCGAGUCCACACAGGGGAGAGGCCCUACACGUGUGGAGAGUGUGGGAACUGCUUCGGGCGGCAGUCCACCCUGAAGCUGCACCAGAGGAUCCACACCGGAGAGAAGCCCUACCAGUGCGGCCAGUGUGGGAAAAGCUUUCGCCAGAGCUCAAACCUUCACCAGCAUCACAGACUCCACCAUGGGGACUGAAAGCAGGGCUGGGUCCUCUCUGUUCGGAAGAAGGUACUUGCAUUUCUCCUUCCCCUCGCUUGCAUGUAAAUCACAAAGACCAUCUGCGUGACUUACAAGGGAGAAAACGAGAUCCCUGAGGAGUGAUGGUGCCCAUCGGGCUGGUGAGGCACCGGUCGGGAAGAGGCUGACGGGGGACUUGAUCGUGCAUGGGGUCAUGUACGAUGAUGGGGGAAGAGAUGGCAGGUCUAUGCAAUGGGUCAGAGAGCACCGGGGUGUCUGUUGGUGAACGGGGAGUCACUACUGAGGGAGAAUCAGGAUGAUCCUGCAGAUGUGCCCCACACCUUGAUGUUAAAUGUCCUGCUGCUUUAUUUAUCCUCUAAAUCUGUUCAAGGAUAAAUCCUAUAUAUAGUUAUACAUUUGCUGUCAUACCGGACAAUCUUUAUCAUUGCACACACUCCUUUAAUAAAGAUGAGUGAUCUGCAA